AUGGCAUCCCAACAUUAUCGCUCCCCUUCUCCACUGUUAGGAUCCAACGAUUGUUAUGUCGGGACCUUGUUCCAGUGGGAUCCCGACAGCGAGGCCGUGACCAACCCUUUCCAUAUCCACUAUCGUGAAGAGGUCUAUAUCGGUCGUGAUCAGAGAAAGUGUCAGUACGUGGUCGACGAUCCGGUCGUUUCCAAUAGGCACGUGCGGAUCUAUACGAUCAUCUACGACCACGACAACCCGCAGGAAGUGGCUCCUCUGGUGUACGCUCAGGAUUUGUCCAGAAACGGCACCUUCUGGAACGGAGCGAAGAUUGCCAGAGGUAAUGGAGGUGUGUUGCUAAGCGACGGCGAUAUUCUGCGGUUGUCUCCGGGCUCUUAUAUCCAGUUCCGCUGUCGCAGCGGGCAGACGACGGACCCGUUUAGCGCUCUGCAAAGACAAGAGAUGAAGGCCUUCGAAUCGCAGUACACCAUCACCGAUCGCAAACUAGGAGCAGGGGCGUAUGGACAAGUGCACAUGGCCGUCGACGUCAAUAGCGGACAGCAGCUGGCUUGUAAAAUCGUGGAUAUCCGAGCUCUUACGAGGAGGACAGUCAUCGACUUCCCUCGCUCACCACUUUCCGAGUUGCCGUCGCCUCCGCCUCGGAAUCCUUGUAAAUCCGUCAAGAAGAAAUGCAUGCCUUAUGAUCGAGAGGUUGAGAUCCUCAAAAGACUAAGCCAUCCCAACAUCAUCGGCUUAGAGAGAGUUAUCAAAACCGAGAAUACACUGUCAGUCACGUUUCCCUCAAUUCGCGAGGUUACUGACACAAGCAGGUAUAUCUUUCAAGACCUCAUCACUGGAGGCGAUCUCUUCUCAUUCGUCGAGUACAAAGGCGGCAGGCUCCGUGACGUCGAAGCGGCCGUUAUCGUGCGACAGGUUCUUAUGGCACUGGACUACCUCCACGUCCGGAAUAUUGUCCACCGUGACCUGAAGCCGGACAACAUACUCAUGACAUCACUUGCUGAUGGAUGCCGGGUCGUCCUCACAGACUUUGGCUGCGCUCGAGUGGUUGAGUCUAAGUUGGAGCGGAUGUCGAGUGUACUUGGGACGUUGGAGUACACGGCUCCGGAAAUCACUUCUACCGUCCGUCAGGGAUACACAAAAUCAGUCGACAUGUGGUCCCUUGGCUGCGUGACAGUCGUCAUCCUCAUCGGUGCUCCCCCGUUUCGAAAGGCAGAGUCAUAUUCUUUUUCCGAAAGUCAAGCUCGACAGGGCGAUCUCGACAUUCUCCGCGCAGAUCCGGAUUGGGAGAAGGUGGGACAUCGUCCGAAGGACUUUGUCUAUCGGCUGCUGGUCCUCGACGAGACGCAACGCAUGGAUGCGAAGACCGCUUUGCAGCAUGCAUGGUUCACCAACCCUACGCACAAGGCGGAAUUUGACGCCGUUUACCGACGAGCCAUUUGCGAUUGGAAGCCGCGGGCUGUGCAGGAGCCAGUCGUCGUUCUGAUUGAAGAGAUUUUCACGGCGCAGCCUGCUGUGAAGUUGAAUCAAGUCACCCGAUCUGAUUCGAGUUUGCAUCUACUGUCUCCAGACAGGCAAGCCAUUCAUUUCGACUCCGCACACCUUAAAAGAAGUCCCUCUUUAGAGACUUCCUCGACGGACGGGAGUGCAAGAUCCUCGACGGGCGAACCGACUUGUCAGAGACUUGCAUCUCCGACAUUGUCAGAUCCCGACUUUCCGAGGGAAGCUCGGUCCUGUAUGCAGGAAGAUGAGAGGGUCUAUGCACAGGAAGACGAAGUCUGCAUAAUUAACCAGAACAGAGACCCUGAAAAGUGGCAAGAUGCGAAAAACUGCCAAAGUGGCAAUACUACAUAUCUAGACAACUGCAGAGUCCCGAGGCCGGCACGUCAUCAAUCUCCACGAAGCCGUCCUCGUCCUCGUCCACGCCUCCCUUUCAGCCCACUAGCCUGGACCUGGACCGGGUACGGAGACAGAAAGGGCAAACAAGUCGCGAUUCGUCGGCAACGUCCUCAGAAGACGGUUUACAAACAACAUCGUGAAACAAGAACAAUGAUCAAGGAGACUGCAACCAAUGCAGGGAAUAUAACGAAGCAAGGACAGCAGGCUGAUCAGAGUGGCAACCGUAAUGAUAAGAACAACGAUAACUCGUAUCUCGCUGUCCUAGUGCGGAAACGACCAAUUGAGGAGGUCUAUGCCGUGGAGGGAGAGGAAGCGGAGGAGAAAAAAGAAGAGGAAGGGGAAGAAGAUGAUGGCGAAGUCUACGAAGAGGUAGAGAAUCCCCUCUCAGGAAAGAUUUACCAGAUCAAGUACGGGACUCGGCUUGCAGGGAAGUGA